CCGAGAACGUUCAGAGGACGGAAAGUCGCGCACCACCAGAACCAGGGAUGCAACACGCACGACGCGACGAGAUUAUGACAUUUUCGCUGUCAAGUAAAGUUACAGCUGUGUCGUCUGCUGGCCGCGAUCCUGUGCCUGUUGUUGUAAUUAAUUGAAAUUUGUACUUUUGGCAAUGUUCUCCACCACCACACACUCCGUGCCCUACCUGUACCUAGGCAACUUCAGCAGAAAGCCGCACUACUACUCCGUAAAUCGGACCAAGCUGCACGGGAGUGCGAAUGCUACGCGCUUGCCCAAGUCCACGUCCACCAGGAGUCAUGACCUCGUGCUCGACCUGCAAAACCUUUUCAGUCGCUCAAGCGCCAGCUUGCAGGGCAUGGUGGAGAAGGCGGCACGACUGAACGGUAUUCUCGACCGCCAGCUAGUCAACGAGGUGUUGGCAAAGGUGACCAGCAUAUUGCCCGCCAUGCGCGACGUUCGCGUCACGCUGGAGGAGCCCGCAACACAGAUCGGUCGUGUUCAGCUGCAAAAUUAUCAGUUUGAAGUUUCGCUAACUGGAGCAGUAGGUGCCCCGCCUACGGCCGCCAAUGUUAAAAUGAUUCCAACCAAAACGCAUGGUCUUUUACGUCCGCUUUUCUGCCAACAACAGCUAAAACACAUACGUGGCUUUAAGACGGAUCGCUCCAUUGAGGCGGAACAGAAGCGCAAUCCCACAAUGACCUCCCGGCUGAAGAAUGCCUUGGCCAACUCACCCCAACGGCUGGAUGGAGACACAUCCUUUCAGGCUGAAAAGUUCAGACGAUUGCUGGCCAAAUCCGAUGACCAUGGAUACAAUAAUGCUGAGAACCUAAAGAUUGCCUUUGCCGAGGGAUACUUGGCUGCCGCCAACUCUGAAGAUUCUCCAAAAUCUGGAAAAACCAUGAAGUAUCUUAAGACUUUGCAGACUCUCGUCGUAAUCGUCGUUUUCCUGGGAAUAUUCCUGAGCUUCUUCACCACUUCCAAUGGAUCUGUCUUUCGCAGCAUCCAACUGGGCAACCAGGUCGAGGUGGAUCCAGAGGAGAUCAACGUGACCUUCGAUGAUGUAAAGGGCUGCGACGAAGCCAAGCAGGAAUUGAAAGAGGUCGUCGAAUUUCUGAAGAGUCCUGAGAAGUUUUCAAAUUUGGGCGGCAAACUUCCAAAAGGAGUGCUCCUGGUUGGCCCCCCGGGUACUGGCAAAACUCUGCUGGCCCGCGCCGUCGCCGGUGAGGCCAAAGUUCCUUUCUUCCAUGCUGCUGGACCAGAGUUCGAUGAAGUGCUCGUAGGUCAAGGAGCUCGACGAGUCCGUGAUUUGUUCAAGGCGGCAAAAGCCCGUGCACCGUGUGUAAUCUUUAUCGAUGAAAUUGACUCCGUGGGCGCCAAAAGAACCAAUUCUGUAUUGCAUCCUUAUGCCAAUCAGACCAUAAAUCAGCUUCUUUCCGAGAUGGAUGGAUUCCAUCAAAACGCUGGCGUCAUUGUUCUGGGUGCCACCAACCGUCGCGAUGAUUUAGACCAGGCUCUACUGCGACCCGGUCGCUUUGAUGUGGAGGUAAUGGUGUCCACCCCCGACUUUACUGGCCGCAAGGAAAUCUUGUCUCUGUAUCUGACAAAGAUUUUGCAUGACGAAAUCGAUUUGGACAUGCUGGCGCGCGGCACCUCUGGAUUUACUGGAGCGGACCUGGAAAACAUGAUCAACCAGGCAGCGUUAAGGGCCGCCAUCGAUGGAGCCGAGACCGUUAGCAUGAAGCAUUUGGAAACAGCACGAGACAAAGUACUUAUGGGACCCGAGCGAAAGGCCCGUUUACCGGACGAAGAAGCAAACACAAUAACCGCCUAUCAUGAGGGUGGUCACGCAAUUGUCGCCUUUUACACCAAGGAGUCGCACCCACUACACAAGGUGACAAUCAUGCCCCGCGGGCCAUCACUGGGUCAUACCGCCUACAUACCGGAAAAGGAACGUUACCAUGUCACAAAGGCGCAGCUACUGGCCAUGAUGGACACAAUGAUGGGAGGCCGUGCUGCUGAGGAACUCGUCUUCGGAACAGAUAAGAUUACGUCGGGAGCCAGUAGCGAUCUCAAGCAAGCCACCUCGAUUGCCACGCAUAUGGUCAGGGACUGGGGUAUGUCGGAUAAGGUUGGUCUUCGGACCAUUGAGGCUUCAAAGGGUCUGGGCACCGGAGACACUCUUGGCCCCAACACAAUCGAAGCCGUUGACGCGGAGAUCAAACGCAUCCUCAGUGACAGCUACGAGAGGGCGAAGGCUAUUCUGCGGAAACACACCAAGGAGCACAAGGCGCUGGCGGAGGCGCUGCUUAAGUACGAGACUCUGGAUGCUGACGAUAUCAAGGCAAUAUUGAACGAAAGCCAGACGUAGUUCCAUCUUCGGUGUGGUUUGAAGGUGUUCAAGGGUCCAGACGGAAGACCAGGGGUGGAAUUCCAUCGGACAUUCAGCUGAACUGCUAAAUAUUUUUUAGUUACAAUAUAUAAAAACAAAAACGGAAAAAGAGCCAAGCGAAAGCGAGACGCAGACGGACAGUUAAGAAAUAAAAUGUUACACAUAUUUAGUUAUGUUUUCCAUCAUCCACGUUAGAAUUAAAUAUUAGUUUGAGUAAUAAACCAAAUUGAAGUCAAAUGGA